AUGGUGGGUUUUCGGACAAUUGGUUUCACUGUUGACAUCGAUUCAAAUGAUAUCCAAAAUAUACCAAAUCCGCCGACAAUUCAAUUAGAAGAGUUGGCCAUCAGUUUGAAAGAUAUAUCCAUUAAAAGUCGUCUUAACGUUAGAGUCGAUGAACACAUCCAAACACAUCGACUGGACUCUUUUGCCGCAACACUAGACUCACUGAAUGAGAGUUCGCUCUCGGGUUUCACUUCAAUCCAAAACUGCGCUAAAAUAGUAUUUAAAAGCAGUGAAAGUCUGUAUUCAGACAUCUGGUCGUGGAUUAUGUUUGGAUUCUUAAGCAAAAAAUCAAACAAUAAUUUCUUUAUAAAAGAGGAGAAAAAUAAGACAACUGUUGACAUGAAAAGAGUUCCGGCGUUUAUGAGUCCUAACGAUGCCUUAAAAAUACAACAAAUCGGAGAAAACGUUCGUUUGGCUAAAAGUCGCGGACUUGACUUCGUAUUCAAUAACAAAGAAAACGAAUUGUUUAAAACAUACAAUGAAAUGACGGCCAAAGUUCCAGUCGAUGGCAGAUCUUUCCAACAAUUCAUUGAAUCCGUUAGAAGUAUUGUUUCCGAACAAAACUGGAAAUAUGUGAUGAACGAAGAGGGCCUUAAGGAUCACUUGCGUUCACUUAAAAUGUUUUAUUUGACGGCAAACGAUGACUUCUGGACUAGUUUUGUGUCCAUCACAUCAGAAUUAGUACUCAAUGGUCACAAUCGUUACAAAAAA